UUCGUACAUGAAGCAAGGGCCAUUAUCGUGCUUCAUGCUUUCUUCUCCCCGCUUGAAACUCUUCUCCAGAGCUCGUCUCACGCUCGAAUUGGACUUCACCAGUCACCGCCUUUUCUCUUCUCUCUCUCACGAACGAACUCAACCCUGCUCGCAUUCAUCCUCCUCCACCCGCAAUGACCUCCUCGAUUUCUUCGAUCAUCUCCUUCAACAAUGCUAUUCGGCUGAACAACCAGGACGUAUCCAUGCAGGCAUCAUCGUUGCUGGCACUGCUGAUUCCGCGUUCUUGGCGGCUCGGCUGGUAUCGAUCUACGCCCGGUUCGGACUUCUUGACGGUGCCCGCAAAGUGUUUGAUAAAGCGCCCGUGGAGUGUAAGUCUAAUUUGCUUUUGUGGAACUCGAUCUUGAGAGCUUAUACCUCUAACGGGGGUCAUGAAGAAGCUUUGGAGCUAUAUGUUGAGAUGAGAAAACUCGGAGUUUUGGGUGAUGGGUUCACUUUUCCUUUGGUGACGAGAGGUUGUGCCGAAAUGGGUAGCUCAAUCUGGAGCAGGAAUGUUCAUUGUCACGUUUUGCAAAUGGGCUUGCAUAAUAAUUUGCACGUGGUGAACGGAUUGAUGGGUAUGUACGCAAAGCAUGGGCAAAUGGGCAUCGCGCUUCAGCUGUUUGAUAGAAUGGAUGCUAGGAGCUGUAUUUCAUGGAACACGAUGAUUUCGGGCUUUGCAUUGAAAUUCGACUGUGAUGGGGCUCUUGAGAUGUUUCGGCACAUGGAGUCUGAAGGGGUGGAGCCAAAUGUAGUUACAUGGACAUCAUUGUUGUCGAGUCAUGCCAGAAGUGGCCGCCAUGUUGAAACUGUGGAGUUAUUUGGUUCGAUGAGAAUGAGAGGAAUUGGUCCUGGUGCUGAAGCACUAGCUGUGGUUUUAUCUGUUUGUUCUAAUAUGGUUGCACUCCACAUGGUGAAAGCAAUUCACGGACUUGUUAUAAAAGUUGGUUUUGAAGCUUAUUUGAUUGUGAAUAAUUCAUUAGUACGUGCAUACGGGAAGCAAAGACAAUUAAAAGAUGCUAGUCAAUUGUUCUUUGUAAUGGAAUCCAAGAACAUAGUCAGUUGGAAUGCUCUAAUUACAUCGUAUGCAGAGUCUGGUUUAUGCGACGAGGCUUUUGAAAUAUUCUCCCAGCUCAAGAAAUCCGACGGUUGUUCAUUGGCAAGGCCCAAUGUAAUAAGUUGGAGCGCCAUCAUCGAUGCAUUUGCUUCUGCAGGGAGAGGGAGAGAGUCUUUGGAACUCUAUAGACAAAUGCAGCUUGCUAAAAUCGGGGGCAAUGCCAUAACAGUCUCUAGUGUAUUGUCAGUUUGUGUAGAGUUGUCGGCACUCAACCUGGGUCGGGAAGUCCACGGUCAUGUGGUUCGGGCAUUGAUGAAUCAUAACCUCUUGGUGGCAAACAGCUUGAUCACAAUGUAUAUGAGAUGUGGAUGCCUCAAUGAGGGGAGCCUGGUGUUCAAGAAACUUGAAGUGAAGGACUUAAUCUCUUGGAACUCGAUGAUUGCAGGGUGUGGAAUGCACGGUUUAGGUAAAGAUGCAUUGAGAUAUUUUGAUGGCAUGCUUGAAGCUGGAAUGGAGCCAGAUAAGGUCACUUUUGUUGCUGUUCUUUCUGCUUGUAGUCAUGCAGGGCUUCUUGUUGAGGGUCGUAAACUUUAUGAUCGAAUGACUAAAGAGUUUGGAAUUGAGCCACAGAUGGAACACUAUGCAUGUCUAGUUGAUCUGUUGAGCCGAUCUGGUUCCUUGCAGGAAGCUACAGAGGUAGUAAAAGCCAUGCCAUUGACGCCUAAUGCUUGUGUUUGGGGAGCUCUUCUUAGUGCUUGUAGGAUGUAUACAGACACAGAUUUUGCGGAGGCAACAGCCUCACACGUUUUCAGUCAGAAUUUGGAAACUACGGGAAGCUAUAUGCUUCUCUCCAACAUUUAUGCUGCAAAUGGCCAGUGGGAUGAUUCUGCAAGACUGCGGAUUUCUGCCAAGGAGAAGGGUUUGAAGAAAGUUCCAGGCCAGAGUUGGAUUGAGUUGAGUAAUAAGUUCCAUAUGUUUUCGUCUGGGAGGGCCUUGCAGUUGGGUAUGGAGAAUGUUUAUGGUGUCCUUGAAGAAUUGACACUUCAAAUGGAAACUGAAGACAUUAUACCUGCGAUAUUACUAAAGACAAGCAGCUGAGAAGAAUCAAUUAGUCUCUGUUCAUGGAAUUGCUAAUUUCUUCACCCAUAUGGCCAAUAGAUUAUUGUUAAUUCUCUGGAGUCACUGGAAGAUGAUAAAAAAGGUG